AGCCCCUGCCCUCAGGGGAGGUGAUGUCAGCGCCAGGAGCCCUCCCGGAGAGCCGAGCCCCACGUCAGAUGCUGCUAGGGAGAUAAAUAGGAGGCUGCGGGGGCCAUGGCUGUCGGCACAAGGAGCUCGAUCCGGAGCUGGAGCCGGAGACGGAGCUGCGACAGAGACUAGGGAGCAGCCCAGACCAGGAGCCUCGGGCGGCGCUAAGCUCAGAGCUACCCCGAGAUCCGACGGCGGGAGCGGAGGCAGCGGCUGAGCCGGGAGCUAGUGGCCGGGAGAGCAUCUGCAGUCAGCCACAGCACCAGAGGCAGUUCCGGGGGCAGCAACAGAGGCAGACCCAGCGCUGUCCCAGCGGCAGGAGCACCAGAGGCAGCCCAGCCGCAGCGGACCAAGAAGCCUGGGGGCGGCCCCGACGGCUGCAGCCAUGCUCGUGGCCAGCCUGGUGGCCCUGGCGCUGGCGGUGCGCCUGACCCGAGCAGUGCGCGGUGCGCCCUGCGAGCCUGUGCGCAUCCCCAUGUGCAGGCCCAUGCCCUGGAACCUGACCCGCAUGCCCAACCACCUGCACCACAGCACUCAGGAGAACGCCGUGCUGGCCAUCGAGCAGUACGAGGAGCUGGUGGACGCCAACUGCAGCGCAGUGCUGCGAUUCUUCCUGUGCGCCAUGUACGCGCCCAUCUGCGCCCUCGAGUUCCUGCACGACCCCAUCCGGCCCUGCAAGGCCCUGUGCCAACGCGCCCGGGACGACUGUGAGCCCCUCAUGCGCCUCUACAACCACAGCUGGCCCGAGAGCCUGGCCUGCGACGACCUGCCAGUCUACGACCGUGGCGUGUGCAUCUCCCCCGAGGCCAUCGUCACCGACCUGCCCGAAGAUGCAAAGUGGAUAGACAUGACCCCAGACAUGAUGGUACAAGAGAGACCUCUUGACGCUGACUGCAAGCGCCUGAGCCCUGACCGGUGUAAGUGCAGAAAGGUGAAACCGACCCUCACAACCUACAUGAGCAAGAACUACAGCUAUGUGAUUCAUGCCAAAAUAAAAGCAGUACAAAGGAGUGGCUGCCAUGAAGUCACCACUGUGGUGGACGUCAAGGAGAUAUUCAAGUCCUUGUCACCCAUUCCCCGUACUCAGGUGCCUCUUGUAACCAACUCUUCCUGCCAGUGUCCACAUAUCCUACCCCACCAGGAUGUUCUCAUCAUGUGCUAUGAAUGGCGUUCGAGGAUGAUGCUUCUUGAGAACUGCCUGGUGGAGAAGUGGAAAGAGCAGCUGGGGAAAAGGUUUAUACAGUGGGAAGAGAGGCUACAAGAGCAGCAGCGGAGCACCCAGAAGCGAACUGCAGGGCGGAGCAGCCGCAGUGGCCCUCCCAAGCCCAAGGGGAAGCCGGCGGGCCCGCAGAAGAGCAUCAAAGCCAGGAGUGCCCCGAAGCGACCAAAGCCUCAGAGGGCGUGAGCUGCCGGCGCCUGUCAGAGACUGUCUGCCUUGCCUGAUGGGGGCCCGAGGCUCCUGGGGCGUCCGCCCGCCCGCCCAGACCGUAUGCCCACCUCCCUUCCAACGGGGCGCGGCACGUCGGGCUUCCUAGCACUUUACUCUCCAGGGUUCGCUUUCUCACGCUUAGCCCCCGUCAGCCAUCGCUCCAGGCAGAAGGGCAAAGCUUCCCCUGCCAAAGCAGCCACCCGUAGUCUAGCAGUUAGCCCGUGAUGGCUGAGAGUCCCGCGGAAGGGCGGCUCCGCACUAGCCGGGUCCGGGGCCUCACGUGCCAAACUUGUCGAGUUUGUAAAAUGUAUUUUACUUCCGGCUUCCUUCUGCAGUCAGGACGUCCGCUGUGGUCUAGAACCCCGAGCGGCCCGUGCUUGGUUGGUUGCCAGAGAAGAACGUAGUUAGUAGGAAGGACCCGCGCAGUAUUUCCGAGCUCUCUUAUUGCCGGCUUCCUUCCACGUCUAAUGAAAUCGUUCCGCAACCUUGACAAGUUCGAGAGCCUCGGUCAGCCCCUCAUCAAAGCGGUACCUGGAACCCGGCCAUAACGCUCCGCAGAGGGCAGCCGCCAUCCAGCCUGGAGACCUCCAACGAGGCAGGUCUGCCUCCUCUGGGCCAACUUCCACUGUUAGAUGCGCUUCAACUACUCCCAGAGGGCUGUGGGACAACGACCUGCCAGUCACAUCUAAGGCGGCCCAAAAGCCCAGAGAAGAGGCUGCCGACUCCUCGGAGGCUUCCGCUCCGAUGUUCCAGGCUAGAGCCUGGGAGCUGGGCAGACUGGGGAAGUGGGGUCAGAGGAGCCCAGGGAAGUAAAUGCAAUUAAACAAAUGUGUAUUAAGCACC